GGGGGGACAAGAACAGCUUGUCCAGGACCUGGGUGACAGGACAGUGGUCUGGAAGGGAAGAUUAACCGGGGACCCUGAAGUGUGGGGAGUCAGGCCAAGUCCAGGGCAAAUUUUUGCGGGGCCAGGGCUAGAGGCCCAGUCUCCAGGGCCCUGGGCCGGAGACCAGCAAAAGUAACAGCUCUGGACCCAGAGAUCUGGAUCUGAUUUCUGCUCUGCUUUUCAAUGCAACUGUCAACGCCUUACUUAACACCUCUGAGCCUGCGUUUCCUCUCCUGUAAAAUGGGAAUGCUCCGAAUAACAGCUGCAACAGGAACCGAGGCAGUCUGGACCUCAGAGGCCUCACGGCUCUUGCAGAGGAUGGACCUGCGCACCAUGACACAGUCGCUGGUGACCCUGGCUGAGGACAACAUGGCCUUCUUCUCCAGCCAGGGCCCCGGGGAGACCGCCCGGCGGCUGACGGGCGUCUUUGCGGGCAUUCGGGAGCAGGCCCUGGGGCUGGAGCCGAUCCUGGGCCGCCUGCUGAGCGUGGCGCACCUCUUUGACCUGGACACAGAGACGCCAGCCAACGGGUACCGAAGCCUGGUGCAUACGGCCCGCUGCUGCCUGGCGCACCUGCUGCACAAAUCGCGCUACGUGGCCUCCAAUCGCCGCAGCAUCUUCUUUCGCACUGGCCACAACCUGGCCGAACUGGAGGCCUACCUGGCCGCCGUCACCCAGCUCCGCGCUCUGGCUUACUAUGCCCAGCGCCUGCUGACCACCAACCAGCCCGGGAGGCUCUUCUUUGAGGGCGACGAGAGGGUCAUUGCCGACUUCCUACGAGAGUACGUCACGCUGCACAAAGGCUGCUUCUACGGCCGCUGCCUGGGUUUCCAGUUCACGCCCGCCAUCCGGCCAUUCCUGCAGACCAUCUCCAUCGGACUGGUGUCCUUCGGGGAGCACUACAAACGCAACGAGACGGGCAUCAGUGUGACCGCCAGCUCCCUCUUCACUGGCGGCCGCUUUGCCAUCGACCCCGAGCUGCGUGGGGCCGAGUUUGAGCGGAUCAUUCAGAACCUGGACGUGCACUUCUGGAAAGCCUUCUGGAAUAUCACCGAGAUCCAGGUGCUAUCGUCUCUAGCAAACAUGGCCUCGACCACCGUGAGGGUAAGCCGCCUCCUCAGCCUGCCACCCAUCGCCUUUGAAAUGCCUCUGACCUCGGACCCGGAGCUCACGGUCACCAUCUCACCCCCGCUGGCCCACACAGGCCCCGGGCCCGUCUUCGUGAGGCUCAUCUCCUAUGACCUGCGGGAAGGACAGGACAGCAAGGAGCUCAGCGGCUUCAUCAGUUCCGAGGGCCCCAGGAGCCUGGAGCUGCGGCUGCGCCCCCAGCAGGCACCCCGCUCCAGGGCCCUGGUGGUGCACAUCCAUGGUGGCGGCUUCGUGGCCCAGACCUCCAAGUCCCACGAGCCUUACCUCAAGAGCUGGGCCCAGGAGCUGGGUGCCCCCAUCCUCUCCAUCGACUACUCCCUGGCCCCCGAGGCCCCUUUCCCCCGGGCGCUCGAAGAGUGCUUCUACGCCUACUGCUGGGCCGUCAAGCACUGUGCCCUCCUGGGCUCAACAGGUGAGCGGAUAUGCCUCGCCGGAGACAGCGCCGGUGGGAACCUCUGCUUCACCGUGUCCCUUCGGGCAGCGGCCUACGGGGUGCGGGUGCCAGAUGGCAUCAUGGCGGCCUACCCGGCCACCAUGCUGCAGUCCACCGCCUCUCCUUCCCGCCUGCUGAGCCUCAUGGACCCCCUGCUGCCUCUCAGCGUGCUCUCCAAGUGCGUCAGCGCCUAUGCCGGUGAGGAGACUGAGGACCACCCCGACUCAAACCAGAAGGCGCUGGGCAUGAUGGGGCUCAUGCAGCGGGACACGGCCCUGCUCUUCCGAGACCUCCGCCUGGGCGCCUCCUCAUGGCUCAACGCCUUCUUGGAGCUGGGCGGGCAAAAGUCCCACCUGAAAUCGGUGUCCAAGACCGAGCCAAUGCGGCGCAGUGUGUCUGAAGCAGCCCUGGCCCAGCCGGAGGGCCCACUGGGAACGGACUCCCUCAAGGGGCUGAAGCUGCAUGACCUGAGCCUCAGGAACAGCUGCGAGACACCAGACACCCCGGAGCUGUCACUGUCAGCGGAGACACUCCGCACCUCCACGCCCUCAACCGUCAACUUCUUACUUGGGUCUGAGGAUAGAUCUGAAGUGUCUGAGGCCCCAGAGGAGCUGAGCAACAAGGACCGAGUUCGAGGUGUGGGCGCAGCCUUCCCCGAGGGCUUCCACCCUCGGCGCUGCAGCCAGGGUGCCAUGUGGAUGCCCCUCUACUCGGCCCCCAUCGUCAAGAAUCCCUUCAUGUCACCUCUGCUGGCACCCGACAGCAUGCUGCAGACCCUGCCACCGGUGCACAUCGUGGCCUGCGCGCUGGACCCCAUGCUGGACGACUCGGUCAUGUUCGCGCGGCGGCUCCGCGGCCUGGGCCAGCCCGUGACGCUGCGCGUGGUGGAGGACCUGCCGCACGGCUUCCUGAGCCUGGCGGCGCUGUGCCAGGAGACGCGGCAGGCCGCCGCGCUGUGCGUGGAGCGCAUCCGCCUCGUCCUCAAUCUGCCCGGCCCGCCGGUCUGAGCCGGGGCACGGAGCCAGGCCCCGCGGGGAGAGGGGGGUCGCGGGGGACGACACUAAAGGCCGUUUGUACCCAUCUGCGCAGGGCUCCGUGGUGAACGCGCCUCGGGAAGAGCAGCAGGGACCCCGGGCCCGGGGCUCCCCGGCCCAUCCAGGCCCUAGGGCUGGGUGGAAGGGGGCGGGCUGUGCCUUAAGUGGGGGGAACGGCAUGGGGGGAGUCGGGCGGGGGGCCCCCUCGCCAAAGCUAAGACCCUGGCCUGGGGGAGGAGGGCGCACACAAACCAGUCUCAGAGACAGCGGGACUUGCACGGGAUCACUGCCUUCUAUUGCUGCUGUGACCGCUGCAGGGAUGGGCCUGGCCCGACCUUGCAGAUCGAUUUGCUUUGUUUGUUUUUUGUAAAUAAAAGUAUUUAAUUAGUUUGGCCUCUGGCAAAUAGCCAGGCUUCCCUGGUGGCUCAGUGGUAAAGAAUCCUCCUGCCAAUGCAAGAGACACAAGGGACUCGGGUUCGACCCCUGGUUUGGGAAGAUCCCCUGGAGAAGGAAACGGCAACCCACUCCAGUAUUCUUGCCUGGAGAAUCCCAUAGACAGAGGAGCCUGGCGGGCUGUAGCCCAUAGCGUCGCAAAGGAGUCAGGACCUAGCAAUUAAACAACAGGCAAAUAGAGUGGGAACGGGGGUUGUCCACCAGGGGGCAGCAUCAGAAGCCCGAGAACUCGGCACUGGUGAGCCGACAGAAGGCUGGGAGCCCAACACCUGGGUCCUGAGAAAGAAGGGGUGUGCAGGCCUGGAUUCUUGAGUGUGGAAGGGCAGGAGCCCCCCUACUAACACAGACCCACCCCCUCCUCAGACCUAAUCCAGGUACAGUGCCAGAAGCAGGCAUCUCAGCUACUCCUCUUUACAAACCUAGCCCCAGGACCAACCAGGAAAAGAAAAC